AUGUUCUCUGAUUUUCUUUCAAAGGGGCUACUGCUCCUCUAUGCGAGCUUAGUCGCUGCGCAGAGUGCGUCGCCCCUCUACAAAGAUCUAAAUGCGAGUAUCGGCGAUCGUGUUUCUGAUCUCUUGGGGCGCAUGACAAUUGAGGAAAAGGUGGCCCAGUUAAUGCAAGAUUUGCAGGCGUAUAAAGACGAAGGGGGGCAUGUUCUAUGGUAUAUCCUCUACGGCCGUCCUUUUGGCCACGGUAUCAUUAACAUCCUUUUGCUAGCUGGAUACUCAGUUCCAUGGGACUGGCUCGCAACAAAUAUCAAGAGAGCGCAAGACUACAUUGUGGAAAAUACCACCCUUGGUAUUCCUGCCCUUGUUCAAACAGAGGUCCAGUUGGUCCACAAGAUGGGAAAGCUCAUUGCCCAAGAGGCUCGUGCUCUGGGUGUCACCCAGUUGUUCGCUCCACUUGCCGACCUUGCCCGUGAGCUACGAUAUGGCCGGGUUGAGGAAACAUUUUCGGAAGACCCAUACCUUGCCGGCGAGAUCGGAUUCCAAUACACUGUUGGGAUCCAAAGCCUCAAUGUCUCGGCGACGGUUAAGCACUUUGCGGGAUACAGCCAGCCAGAGCAGGGCCUCAAUACCGGUCCUGUUCAAGGAGGCGAGCGGUACCUGCGUACUACUUGGCUGCCGUCUUACAAGCGGGCGAUCGUAGAUGCCGGUGUUUGGAGUAUCAUGAGCGCAUACCACUCUUACGAUGGCAUCCCGGCAGUUGCAGAUUACCAUCUUCUUACACAGAUUCUUCGCAAGGAAUGGGGCUAUGAGUACUUCGUCAUUAGUGAUGCUGGAGCAACAGAUCGCCUGUGCACUGCCUUCCAUCUCUGCCGAAGCUCUCCAAUUGACAUGGAAUCAGUGACGCUCAAGGCUCUCCCUGCUGGCAAUGAUGUUGAGAUGGGAGGUGGAUCAUACAACUUUCAAAAAAUCCCGGACCUGGUUAAGUCAGGCAAACUUGACAUUGGGAUUGUUGACACAGCAGUCUCUAGAGUGCUCCGCGCUAAGUUUGCCAUGGGUCUGUUUGAGAACCCAUACCCUGGUGCUCCCCCGAAGGAGUGGAAGAAUCUUAUUCACACGCAGGAAGCAGUUGAGCUUGCCAGACAACUAGACAAGGAGUCUAUUGUUCUCCUUGAAAACCAUGACAAUAUCCUGCCCCUGAAGAAGAAAGGCGAUAUCGCUGUCAUUGGUCCAAUGGCGCAUGGGUUCAUGAAUGUAUUAACAAAAGAACAGUACGGAGACUACGUCCCAUAUCGAAGCCAAUACCAUGGCGUCACACCAUUAGACGGAGUCAAAGCUGCUGUUGGCACAAGUGCCCGCGUCCACUACGCCAAGGGUUGUGAAAGAUGGAGCAAUGAUCAGUCUGGAUUUGCGGAAGCUAUCGCGGCGGCUCAGAAAUCUGAUGUUGCCAUAGUUGUCGUGGGCACCUGGUCCCGCGACGGGGCCGAACUCUGGCAAGGCUUGAACGCAACGACGGGCGAGCACGUGGAUGUCAAUGACCUUUCCCUGGUCGGGGCGCAAAGUGAACUUGUCCGAGCCAUCAUCACUACAGGUGUCCCGACUAUCGUGGUCCUCUCGAGUGGCAAACCUGUCAGUGAGCCCUGGCUCUCUAACAGUACUUCAGCUCUCGUGCAACAAUUCUACCCUUCUGAACAAGGUGGUAACGCUCUCGCAGAUGUCCUUUUUGGAGACUACAACCCCUCAGGUAGACUAUCUGUUUCCUUCCCCCACUAUGUCGGCGACCUCCCCAUCUACUAUGACUAUCUGAACUCUGGCCGAGCUAUCACCGACUCGGGAUUUGUGGCGGAUAACGGAACCCUUGUAUUUGGCCACCAGUAUGUCCUUGGUACUCCGCUGCCGUGGUAUCCGUUUGGGUACGGACUGUCAUACUCUGACUUUGAGUAUGGAAAAGUCACACUGGACAAGACAACUGUCUCAGCCACGGAUACAGUGACAGUAAGUGUGGACGUGACAAAUACACAUGGGGGAUUGGAUGGAACAGAAGUCGUGCAGGUGUAUGUGGUGGAUGAUAUCUCAUCAGUGGCGGUGCCGAAUCGGUUAUUGAAGGGGUUCGAAAAGGCCGUUAUUCGUGCCGGCGAGACGGAAAUCGUGAAGAUCCAUCUGAAAGUUGAGGACCUGGGGUUGUGGGAUAGCCGGAUGCAGUACGUGGUUGAACCCGGAUCGUUCCAGGUGCUGGUGGGGCGUAGCUCUGCUGACAUUCGGGGGAAUGCCACUUUCCAAGUUCAGUAG